CGUGGCCUUUUGAACUGCGCCCAAGCGACUGGAAUGGAGUGUGUUGACUGUUCUUCCCUAGUUUUGUGAAUUAUUUCGUUAAGGUAAUAAAGCCGGAUGGUCAUAUGCCACGUUUAGAUUUACAACUUUUUAUGUUAUGAACAUAAUAUGGUUAAAAUGCUUAGUUUUGCAUGUGGAUUUUAAAAAUCGCUUUCUCAUGGCCAUGCGGCAAUGUUUUUGCUGUGUAGCUUACGUGGAUGACACUAAUCGAUAGGCCUACUAAAUUGAAUCGAACACAUUUCUCUUGUUUUGUUUGUUUUUGGCAUUUAUUUUCAAGCUAAACUGGGUCCUAGUUACACACACACAGACAGAGAGACACACACACACACAGUCAACUUUUCCUAUUUUUUAACGAAAUAAUUCACCAAACUGGGGAAGAGAGCAGACAACACACGCCAUUCCAGUCGCUUGUGCUCAAAGACCACGCCCACCGCGGAACGACCAAUGAAUAUUAACACUAACCCCGCCCAACAGCGGUAAACAGGCGAGAGCAGGUAAAUCAGGAAGUAAACACGUCUGAGUUUCGAACCUUCCUGUACCCGAAACCAAACACGGAAUUCACGGCAUUUAUGAACGUUUGGACAAUGACAAGUCAAAGAAGUCGGCUAAGUCCACCAGACUGACAUGAAAAUCCUGCUGCAUCCUUUUGUUGUUUUCUCAUUGACAGGUCUGCCUUUGGUCGCUGUGUGUCUGGAUCCAGUUUCAGUACAGAUUGACAAAACAUCAGUGCAGGUGGCGUCGGGUAGCGAUGUGAUGUUCACGGUGCAGACCAUCUCGGAUACAUCCCUAAUCAGAUGGAGCACUGCCGGAGGUAGUAACACGCUGGCAAUGUGGGCGAACGGACAGCCGCUUGUAAUAUUAGCCCCCGAGUACCAGGGCAGAAUCUCUGUCACCGCCACUCAGCUUAAAAUCGCCAACAGUAAACUCCGUGAUUCUGGAAACUACACUGUCUCCGUGGAACCCUCUCCUAGCACGGGACUCGGCAUCGGCACAGGCUCCGUGCAGCUCAAGGUGUUUGAUGCUGUAAAUGGAGUAAGUUUGUCUCUGCCCGGGCUGCCUCUGGAAGGCAGGAACGUGUCGUUGCGGUGCAGCUGGUCCGCGGGCACAGAGGCCACUGUGGUUUGGGGUAAAGAAGGAGUCGCUCUGUCCUCUGACACCCGCAUCACCAUCAGUGCUGGAUCUCUGGUCAUCAACCCAGCCAGGAGAGAUGAUGCAGGAGAAUACACAUGCACCGUCACCAAUCCUGUCAGCGCCCGCACGACCAAAGCCAACCUCAGCGUAUACUAUGGUCCAGACGCCCUGCAGAUGACAAAAACCUCAUCUGAAUGUGUUGGUGGAGGAGAUGCCACGAUGGGCCAGACCUUCCGUCUCACCUGCACAUCUGCAUCUCUACCUCCGGCGUUAUUCUCAUGGGAAGUCAACGGUCAGCCGGUGACCGCCGGUCAGUCGGGCAGCGGCGUGCUGAGUCUGCAGAUCUUCUCCACCAGUCAGAGCGGCCGUUACGUCUGCACAGCGCGGAACGACAUCACGGGGGUGGAAUCCAAGCAGCAGAUGGACGUGGUCAUUGUGGGCACCUGUCUCAGUGUGGGGGCCGUCGCAGGGAUCGUCGUUGCCUGUUUUGUCGCACUCAUCAUAAUUAUCAUUGUCAUUAUUGUGCUUCUGCGACAGAGGAAGGUUGAUAAAAGAAUCAAAGACGCGGUUGAACUUCAGAAAACAAACCAGAGGAAUGGCCACACGGUUACUGCUCCUCCACAGAAUGCCGACAUUACUUACAGAUCUCUUGUCAAUGAAAACGUUGAUCCAGCGUUACACAACUCGCGCGCACAGAACCAACAGAACUUAACCACUCUUCCUAUUAACGUUGACGGUAACUUCCACACGACGACACAAAACAACCCACUCCAGCAGAAUGGACAUCUGAGCACAGAUGUGUUCCAGCACAAUGGCCAUCUAAACACCAAUUCAUAUCCAGACAACGUCCAGCCGAACUCCAGGUCAUUCACAGGGCCGGGCCAACACAAUCCCAACAUCCUGAUUCAAACGGGUAACCCUCAACCCGGUGCACCUGUUCCUACAGUACACGUAAACCUCAACACCGUGCCAAAUACUGACCAACACAACAGCGCUCGGCCUCACACAGUUCAUGUCAAUCUGAACACGUACCCUCCAGAAGCAAGCCAGCCGAGUCACGCUGAUCAGAGGGAAAACACGCUACCUCGUCAACAUGCUAACGGCAACCAGAUGAUUUCUUCUCGGAGUUUGGAGAAUCCGAACGGAUCUCAUCGACCGAGUGAACUCAUUCCGACCAGCUACUCUCACGCUAGAAACAGAGGCAACGCCAACCGUCGUCCUGACAACUCGCGAUCAUCAACAGAAGAGCAACCCCGACGUUCUAUACCUGUACAGAUGCCAUGGGACCAGUUGCAGGGAACACCAGCUUACCCCAACCGCCGAGAACACAGCUCGGAUAGUAGUGGACCCUCCGAGCGGCGGCCUAGAUCGCCACGUGAUGCACCAAGGGAUCGACCUGCUCAGGUGCACAGAGCGACAGAACGUGCGGUUGGGUCGAAUCGGGAUGCUUUUGCCACCCAUGGAAGAGACCUCCAGAGAUCAGUUGCUCAAAGCGUGGCACCGAACCGCUCUCGUACUGACCCAAAUAUGCACACACGACCACAAGCCCCAUCUCAAAACCAAAUCGCUCCGUCCCAAAUCCCUCAGGAUCAGACUGUCCCGCACUCACAUCUACCUCAAGCAACGACCGUACCUUUCCGCACCGAAACGCACCAAACCCAUUCGCAGACCCAAACGGGUGCCAGACCGGAUCACACGUCCGUUCAUCUUACUCAGGAAGCCCUCCGGCAGCACACCGUCCAGACGGAGAAUCCUUUCACCAAACCAGUCCAGCAGACUCGAGCCGUCCAGAAUCCCGGAGCUCCUUCUCAACCCACCCAACAGCGCAACAAAUCAGGUCGUCGAGCACCCACUCCACCUCUGGUGCUGCAGCCGGCCCAGUUCCAGACGCUUCCUCGGGAACCCGUGCAGCAGCCGCGCAACCUCCAGCCCGCGCAUGUGAUCAGUCAGCCCGUUCUCGCAGCGCAUAGACACAGAUCUCCAGACACGCACAGGCGUGAUCAAAUGUGGCACACGAGCCCUCAACGAGUGCCGUGGAUUCAACCCGUGCAUGGACACCCAGCGCAUGUCAGACAGGUCCACCGAGGGAGACCCAGACGCUGAGAAAACUCAAAACUCAACACUGUUUGCACUGCAGAAAAAGAAGUUUCCUUACAAAGCACAUUGUGUCUCUGUUGGGAUGAAACAAAUGUUCUGCCUUUCCUCCGGCCGUGCCUUUAUUCUGCUGCACAAAACGUUUUGUUUUACCGAGAGCACAUUAUUGAUAAGACUGAUCUCUCUGUCUCACACCGCCGUGUCACGUGCGCUCCUCAUCCAUCAGAACAAUACUGCACGGCAGCGUUUCUUGCACUCGGCCGUCUGAAAUGUGAAAAAAUGAUGUGUUUUUCCGCAGACCGGAAAGCGUGGCCGAACUGAGCUACUAAAUGAUAAAUAAUGGACUGACAGUCCGCGUUUAUUCAGUUCUCUGCUCACAGAUGCUUCGUGUAACGCUGCUCAAUUAGAGCGAUUCACUACGGUGCGUUUGUGGAUGGAUUGUGCAUCUGAGUAUGAAGGAGACCCACCUCACGGACGUGUAAUUCAUUAAGCUCUUUUAUAUUGUACGUUAAUGAUGUGGAAACCGCUAAUGACUUGAAGUAAAAUAUGUUGUUGACAGGCCUAGUUUAAUGUGUAGAAUGAUGACAAACAUAUGCUCUUUGGAAUGGUUUAUAGGAUGUAAGAGAGAGUGGGGUAAGCUGUGCCAUGUUUUAUUUGAGUCAUGGAGAUUUGAGAUGAAGGUAUAACUGCAACUUUUUUUUUUUUGAAGAUGUUGCAUCAUAUCAGAAAGCUAUAGAAAUAGAAGUUGGCACAAUUUUACAUUACACUUACAGUCACUUUUGUUAGCACUGGAACAACUCCACUGUUUUACUUUUAUUUUACAGUAUUUGUAUAGUGCUUUUCACAAUACAUAUUGUUCUAAAGCUGCUUUACAAAGAAUGGAUUUCCUCCACCACCCCCGCUAGCAUUCUGGGAAAAAACAAUACAAUAUCAAUAAACUUGAAUGUAAGCUUUCCAAAUGUUAAACUGAAAUCAUUUUGCGUAAUGUCAUGUAACUGACCAAUAUAGACCGUUAAAUGUCCAAUGUAUGAAAUUUAACUGACCAAUAUAGACCGUUAAAUGUCCAAUGUAUGAAAUUUGGCGGUACCUAGUGGUGAGGUUGCAAAGUGCAACCACUGGACCGCUUUGAAACACUACGGCAGCGGACAAAGAACUAAGAUGACGUCAUGGUUGUACUACUUUGCCGAAGGAGAUAACACUUUGGAAACGGGAUAUGUGUGUGGUUCAACAAGACGAUCUAUCUGAAGUGGACCAAUCAGCAGGUGACAAAAAACAUUGAAGACAUAUCCUGCAAUAUAAUAUAGUCUACUGUACAUGUAAUGUCAUUUAUGAAAAUUAAAGUUCACCGAAAAAGGAUUUACUCAUAAAUGUCUU